AUGAGCAGCGGAAAUCCCGAUGAGCAAAUCUGGCAGAGACUGAGCGUGGAUGCGCUAGCGAUUCUAGCCAGCUCAGAGCUGAUCACCAAGGAAUUAAAUGAGGCUGUGCUGGAAGAGAAGACUAUAGAAUACAAUAGCGAUGUCAGAUACACCAUUGGUGGCAAGUUCUUAUCCGAUCACUUGGAAGCCUUCAAUAGCCAGAAUAACGCUCGCAAUCUCAUCAGCCACAAUCACCAGCACGUCAUUGAACCCGAUUAUAACACACCAUUCAAUAGCUACGAAGAUGCUCUAGAUAGGCUACUCCCUUAUCACGUAUAUCAACAGCCAGUUGAAGACACUCACGUCUCCCGACCUUCCACAAGCCUAGGUGAUGAUACCGUCCUCGAUUUUUACGCACGGCGGCAGAAGAUCUACGACAGAUUCAGAAAAGCGAGAGAAUUUGAUGUUAUACACAAGUCUCACUCAAAUUUCCUCCUCAGACAAGUCAAUAGUCACAUAAAAGACGAUAACGUCAGAUUGGCACAACAAAUACGUGAUUUAAAGGGUGUUCCUGGUGUUUCUACCACGAACAGAUCAGCAACAUCCACUCCUGCCCCUUCUACUCCCGCAAACAAUGCUCAGAUUCCACUCACUCUCCCUUAUACCAGACUCGGUCAGCUCAUGUCACUAGGUAUCACUCCUGUACCGAUUGCAAAUGUACAAAAUGGUGAUAGCCCCGCAUGUGUAUUGCACAGCGUAAUUGAGAACAGGGGCAUGGUUCAUUUGGUCGUUAACUUUGGCAGUCUCAAUCCGAGACAACUUAACACUUUAGCGCAGCUAUUGCGAACUUGGGUAUCUGAGAAUGAUCGGAAUGCAGGAAAUAUUGGCGAAAAUAACUCCAGAAACACAAACAAUGAUACCACGUCAAAUGACUGA